GCCCACUAGUGGGACUACAGCCGCAUCCAAAUCAUUCAAGUCCGUGAUUCUUACUCCAUCGAGCAAACAACAAUAUUUGGGUGUUGUCCAGCCAGCAUCAGCCACAGUGGCGUGGGCGUGUGCCAAAGUAUUACAUAUUGACCAAGUUCGUUUUGUUCGUUGACAAAACACUUCUCGAAAAUGCCCUCUACUGCAAGCCAACUUGAGCGAAGCCUUAGAAAACUUCAGAUCUCAGAGUCUGGCUCACAAAACACGUCUACCGCGGUGAAAUGGGUGCCCUCUAAAUAUAGCUCAGACGUAUCUCAGUACGUUCUGGUGAAGCCUCCUCGGGCUCCAUGCGGAAAUCGUUGGCUAUUUGGAUUUCCUAUCACCAGGAAGGAACUUUGGAACAUGGGGACCAUUGCUUUCCACCAUGUUUGGCCAGGCGAAACUUUACCAGACAACAAUGCCUACAUCGCCAUGAAUUCCCUUACAUUUCUCGAGGUAUAUCUUGGUCUUCGCCUUUGCACUUUGGCGGGUGGAAAGGUGGUCGGAGAUUCGAAGGAUAUCCCAUCGGAGUGUGUGACGUCGGGAGAGGUGCUGUUGUUAGUAUUGUGGAGGGAUACGGAACGUGAGGCUACCUGUCCAACGCGAGAUCAAGUGUAUUCCGUGAAGAUGAAGCUUAAUCGCCCACCGGGAUGGUGGGUAGAAAUCCCAGUGCGUAUCUAUUUUGAUGCGGCCACUGGCGCGCCAUUAAUGCAAGUAUUCCUAUAUGUUCUACAUUUGACUCUCAGAUCAGGUUGCAUGGUUCACGAUCAUUCCCUUGUUAUUUUAUACAUCAUAGAGACAUUCACAACCAGUACAUCAACCAAUGACUAUUUUAUUUUCCUCCCUCUCUGGUCCCUCCGAGUCGACACCUAACGGGCGCGCAUUCUUCAGCCAGCAGAGAACUAUGUACAACUUGGAAUUCCAACUUCAACAGCAUGCUAUUGUUCUGUUCCUCGUUUCGAGCUUUGACGCGUUUUUUGACAUCACUAGCCUUUCAACGCGCAACGACGUAGGCGUGACACUUGAAGACACCAUAAUCAUCUGUGAAUGCCUAGUCUAGGGUUCCGGGAAUUUGCACCAGGCAAAUUUGCCCGGCAAAUUUACUGCGUCAAUUUCACACCCUCGAAAACAUAGUGUCAAUUUGGGUGAAUUCGUGUCUACUG